CCUGGCGCUCUCUGAUGCCAGAACUUCCGGGUCAGAGGGCGCCGCCGCUGAUUGGUCCGCGGACUCCAACCGCUUUCAAAGCCGGCGUUUAAAUCUCUAGGAGCUUCUGUGGCAACAGCAGUGAAGGCUUUUGGCGCGGGGUUCUGGCCAGGAGAAUGGCUUCAUUUUCUGAAAAUAUUUUGGAUAUGAUUAAAAGCUUGAGAAGAAAUUGGCACAGCCUUUGUCCUUCUGAGAGGACCACUGUGUGUGGUGCUGAUUCCAUGCUCUUGGCUUUGCAGCUGUCAAUGGCAGAGAUCAAUAAACAGCACUCUGGAGAAUUCACUGUCUCUCUUAGUGAUGUAUUGGUGACUUGGAAACACUUACUACAUGAGAAACUAGGCUUGCCAUUUGAAGUCAUGGAAGUGGUUGAACAUUAUGAAGAUAUCAGAAACACCUAUGGUGCUUUUUUGAAGAGCAGCAACAUGCUGGACCUGAUUGAUGUAUACCAGAAGUGUCAAACACUGACCUCUACUUGUGAGAAUAAAGUGAUGUCUCCUGUACAACUAUUGGAUUUCUUAUCCGGCAGAUCAUGUGUAUCUGAUGAAGAUAUGAAUCUUUCUGGAUCAUCUUCUCCAAUCAGUAAAUGUCACUUAAAUAAUAAAAAGGUACAGUUAAUAGCAAGGAAAAUUAUCUGUUCAUAUUUAACCCUGUUGGUGAAUUCAAAGAAUGACUUAGCCUUGGCUCAUAUCAUUAACAUUCCGGACAGAGGACUUGGAAGAGAAGCCUUCACGGAUCUCAAACAUGCUGCUCGAGCAAAGCAAAUGUCUGUCUUCCAGGUAAUAUCUUUUAACUUCCAGGUUGCCACCUCAUUCAUUAGGAUGAUUGAACUUGGAGGGAAAGGAUAUGCACCAUCACCAUCUGAUCCUCUCAGGACACAUGGAAAGGGAUUGAACAAUUUGAUUAUUUUCAUGGACAAAUUGGAAGAAAUUCUAGGAGAAAUACAAAAUCCAAGGUGUUUUGGCAUCAGGGAAACCUUCUCUCUUUUCUUUUUUUUAAUAAUUGCAGGGGGUCGGAUACUCUCAGCAAUAAAGACAGAGCUGAUAAAAGGCCGAAGCAGUGGGGAUCCAUUUCGUCAAGCGACUGAGGAAGUGGCUCAGGAUUUGGAUUUGAGGAUUAAAAACAUUAUCAACUCUCAACAAGAAGACAGAGUUGUUAACACCACUGGCAGCAGUCCUGCACGACCAAAAUCCCAUGCCAUUAAUCAUGGCACUGCAUACUGUGGCAGAGAUAUGGUGAAAACUUUACUUGUUCUACUGGAUGAAGAAGCAGCUAAUCCUCCCACGGGAAACAAAGCAGACCUUUUAUAUGGGGAUGAAAACACAACUUCAUAUGCCGGCAUUCCUAUCCUGACACUUUUUAGUUCUCCAACACAAGCAAAUGAAUUCGUGAUCAAACCCUUAAGAGAACGUGUUCAGAAGUCUCUGGAAGAGAAAAAAGUGAAGAUGAAACAAACCUUAAUAAGGUCCCAAUUUGCUUGCACUUACAAAGAUGAUUUCAUGAGCAGCCAUGACAGAUGCAACGAUAGGAACCAUUCCCCAGAAGAGCCAGUGUGUAUACUUCGCUUGCAAAAUGACAUCACAGAAGGCAUGAAUUCAUCUGUUGGAGUACCAACCCUUGGAACAAGUUCUGAAAAUGUUCAUCUGAACAGAAAUAAAAAUGAAAAAAUAUCCAAAAAAUCAAGUGGUCAGACAGGAAACAAGAGCCCCAAGAGGAAACAGGUGGAUUUGAACAGUGACAAUAACUUCUGUGAUCAUGAAAAUGAGCUAUCUCGGCCUCAAAUGGGUAAGAUACCUAAGGUGUCCAGCAAACUACAGAAUAAAUUGAAUCAAAUUCCAGCAAGAUCAGCAACAAAAUGCUGUAAGCCAGGCACCAAGAAUAAAUUGAUUGCAGGGCAGGCAAAAUUAACUCAGUUUUUUAGACUCUGACUUUUUCUCUUUUGUUCUCUGGUCACUUAUAUUAGUCAUGAACCAAAAAACAAAUCAUUAACAAAAUGAUCAUGGUUAUCUCCUUUGGAAAGGCCAAUGUAUGAAGUACCCUAGUGUUUUGCCCAAUUGAAAUGUUGUAUGAAGAAGGCAUUACCUUUGGUCAAAUCAACAAAUGAGUCAUGAUUCUGCUCAAAUUCUCACAAGGUUUAUUAAAUAGCAAAAUGAUUACAUUUAGUUUACCAAGAAAGAUCUCAAUCAUUUGUACCAAAAUACAAACAUUGACCACAUAUACAUUUAUGAAGUCACAGUAACUUCCAUGUUUUGUUUCACUGGCACCUAAAUAACUUUGCUUUCUUGGGAAACAAUGACUUAGGCCUGCAGGUAUCAGACUUGCCAACAAGGUCGAUAGACUCUUCCCAGCAUGCACCUGAGCACUGUUGGAAAAGAAUGCCAAAAGUUUAGAUCGUUACAAGGACUAGAUUACUUUGACUAUGAGAAAUACAAGAAUGAUUAAUUUCAUAAUUCUGAGUAACCAGAAUUGCUAUAUUUUCAUCAGUGUUAGUUAACUUAAUAUUUGUGUGCUGAAUACUUUAUGUAUUAAAAAUUAUAAUUUUACAAUUGUGUUCUUUUUCAAAUUUCUUAUAAUUAUCAAUGUCUAAAGCCAUAUUCCCAUUUUGGUAACUUUUAAUGUCUGAGUUAAAUAAAUACUCACUGUCAAAAUCUCUCCUUCCUAUUGGAAAUUUAACUGAGUUUUCUUCAUCCCCAAUCUCUCUCCUUUCCUGUGUUGAUUCAAUAUUCUGAACUCCAUUGUCAGCUGGAAAAGCCACUGCUCCCUUCAGUGCAAGAUAAGGGAGCUGCUUAAUAGCUAGGUUCAACGGCAGACCACGGUUUAAGAAACUAUGUUUGGAGCCUAUGUUCUGUUUAAAAAAAAGUUGAAUUAUGUUUCAGCUUUCUCAUUAUAAAACGAAAGUGUAUUUUUGUGGUAGAACAUGUAAAUGUCAAUUAGAGUUCCAUUUAAUGUUUUGAUUCUUGAGACAGCUUAAAUGCAAUUUGUUCACAAACAUUUGGGCUGAAAACCUUCCAGGUUAUAUAAUAUGAUGUUGAUGAUAGUAAGGCUUCAAUAGAAUUAAAGCCAUCAACAUCAUUACUAGGUAUUUUGGGGGACUUUGAAAAGACAGAUACAAAUGAUUUAAACUCCUAUCAAUGCUAAGGAAAAUGAAAAUCAAUACUGACACAUACCUUUGGAUUUCUGCUCUCCUCUUCAUUCAUAAAACCACCCUCCUCAGUUUUGUAAUGUUCGAGGGAAGAAACAGGUCCUGAUUUUUCUGCCAUUUCUUCCUUCUGAAGGGCUUUGCCUAGCCCAAAUGGAUUUAGGAGCAUGUCAUCUUCCACGGUUCUCAUGGAUUUUGAUGCUGAAAGCAAAAAUGCUUGGGAAAAGAAAGAAAAAGUUAGUAUGAACAUGUAGGAUGAGGCACCCAUGCCUGUUUUUCUUCCACUAUUUGCUGUGUGUCUAGGGCCACACAAGUAUUGAUAGUGGUAUCUUGGAAAUGAAAAUUCUCUCAGUUGACAUCCUUCGUAUACUGUCCCUUCCUUUUAUAUGUUUUUCCCUGCAAAGAGAAAGAAGCACUUCAAGAACUUAAAUCUAUCAUUUUUUGAGUGACUCAUCAAAUGAAGACACUCACCUUUUGUGUGCUUAAGCCUUUCAUUGUUUAGAUUUGGACAUUGUAGAUAUUUAAUCUCCAGCAUGAAUUUUCUGAAUCUGAUUAAAAUUCUUUGUGGAAGGCUUAGUGUACAGUAGAUUAGGCGUUCCUUGUAAAUGAGACGUUAUUAACAGAGACCACAGGACAUCUGCUCAUCCUCUUCUCAAAAGAACCUACCUUCUGAUUAAAUAUAUUUAAAAUCUCAACUAUUCAAAGAUGAAAAGUAUAAGGAUUUUGUCUCAUUUUAAUCCAUGAAUACGGUGUAAUUGUUUUUAAGUGAUAGUUUUUGAUAAACACUUGACAAAAUAAAUCCCUGAUGAUUGAAUACAUCCAACUCUAAACAAGCUUGUAACUCAGGCAUUACAUAUGAAGUCACAAUGUUAGUCAUCAGUCUCUGUGCUUCUGGAAAAAUACUUUUGUACAAUAUUGACAAACUUGCUUUUUCUUUGCAUCCUCAGUGCUUAGCACAGUGCCUGGCACACAGUAUGUCCUUAAUAAAUGUUUGUUGAUUUGUUGA